AAGAAUAUUAACACUUUACUACCCUUGAAUGACGAGAGAAACACUUAAUCAAUGUUUUGUCGUUACCCUAUUCUUUUUCACCCACAUCUUUUUCCCUGUUCACGCUCUCUUUAUAUCAACCACAUUGCGUCUCAAGAAUAGAUACGCACCCAACACAUAGCACCAUUUUUACACUCCCUCUCUCCCUCGUUUCAGAAGCGUGUUACUUUUUCCAUUCCAGUUCACAGUUCAUUGUCACAACCUCUGCUAAUUUGAAUCUUAGCGAAGUCACCCACACAUUACGACGAGUGUCACCACCACCACCACCGCCACCUUACUACCACUACGUCACCCUGUAACAACCAAUUAACCCUUCCACUUCCUUCCAAUUUCCACCACCGCUAUUCAUCACUUUACUUUCCUUAAAAAUGGUUGCAUCCUCUGAACUCCCUCACCAUCACCAAACCACUCUCAUGGCAAAAUCCACUUCCAGAAAUGGUAACACUAAACCCACCUCCUCUACCUGCCUCUUCCUCGGAGGAGCAUUCUCCGCUCUCCUCCUCGUCUGGGGGCUUUCCUCCGUCACAACCCCCAUUCCCAACCAAAACAACCUCAAUCUCACCCCUACCGAAAACAACGCCGUCCCCACAAACCCCACUCCCGAUCUCCGCUUCGACCCGCCGGACCGGACCUUCUACGACGACCCGCAAAUCGGUUACACCAUGGACAACAAGGUAAAAAACUGGGAUCAAAAGCGCCAGGACUGGCUGAGAAAACACCCUUCCUUCCUCGCCGGAGCGAAAGACCGGGUCCUCAUGGUCACCGGAUCGCAACCGUCACCGUGCCGAAACCCCGUCGGCGACCACUUUCUUCUACGAUUCUUCAAGAACAAAGUGGACUACUGCAGAAUCCACGGCUUGGAAAUCUUCUACAACAACGCCCUCCUCCACCCUCAGAUGUUUGCAUACUGGGCAAAAUACCCGGUGAUGCGCUCCGCCAUGAUGGCCCACCCGGAAGCCGAGUGGAUUUGGUGGGUCGACUCAGACGCACUGUUCACCGACAUGGAGUUCACUCUCCCCCUCCACCGCUACAACAACCACAACCUCGUCGUCCACGGCUGGCCGCAGCUCAUCCACGAGAAGCGGAGCUGGACGGGGCUCAACGCCGGCGUGUUCCUCAUCAGAAACUGUCAGUGGUCGUUGGAUUUCAUGGACGUGUGGGCCAGCAUGGGCCCACAAACUCCAAACUACAACAAAUGGGGUCAAAUUUUACGGUCAACGUUUAAGGAUAAAUUCUUCCCGGAGUCAGAUGAUCAGACGGGUCUCGCUUACUUGAUCGCGAUGGAGAAGGAGAAAUGGGCGGACAGGAUUUAUCUAGAAUCUGAAUACUAUUUCGAAGGUUACUGGGAAGAAAUCGUAGGUCAGCUUGAGAAUAUUACGAAACGCUACGAUGCGCUUGAGAGGAGGGUGCGUAGGUUAAGGCGGCGUCAUGCUGAGAAAGUGAGUGAGAGUUAUGGUCAGGUGCGGGAGGAGUAUUUGAAGGAUGGUGGGUUCGGUAAAGGGAGUUUGAGGAGACCGUUUAUUACGCAUUUUACCGGUUGUCAACCGUGUAGUGGGAAGUAUAAUGAGAUGUAUACUGCUGAUGAUUGCUGGAAUGGGAUGAAGAAAGCGUUGAAUUUUGCUGAUAAUCAGGUGAUGCGUAAAUAUGGUUUCGUGCACACGGAUUUACUGGAUAAUAAGGAUGUUUCUGCUGUACCUUUUGAUUAUCCCCAAACUGAUGACCUGACUCUUCACUCAGGUAACAACAGAUUAAAUUAAUCAAAUCAAUAUCAUAUGAUAUGAAAUGUGGGAUCCAUAUCCAAUUAUCUUGGCCAAUGUCCACUCAGAUUCUGUAUGUUGUUGUUAUAGUGAAGUUUUAGUGUUAUUAUAA